GAACGAGCCCCUAACCGCGCAGCCUAUCUGUUCGGCUUAUCUUCCUAUGCUUUCUUGAUCGCCCCCCAUUUCCGGUGGUCUCCAUUGUCGCCGGCAAUCUGCGGCACCGCCGCCUUUACAUUAGUAUCAUGAAGCAAGGUUCGCUUAAUCGCUUUUUUGCUUAUCGCUUCCUUUUUUUUUUCACUUUGUGAGUUAGAGUGGCCCUAAGCUAUGGAUUUUUCGCGGUCACUGGUUGGAUCUUUUUCUGAGGAGCUCGACCUUUUCCCUCCCCUUUGACGUCUGUUUUCCGAAGAAGAGCGGGUUAUAGAACAAAAGAGCGAGUUGAGGAAGGUCUGGUGGAAGAAAGAUAGGGAUAAUUAAGGAGCUAUAAACGCUUGGGGAUGUAAUAGCCAAUGCCUAAGAACGAUUCAGAUUUGUGUUGUUGUUAUCUCUAUCUGCUCUGGGUGUUCUUCCGGAAUUAGCCAACGUGGAUAUUUCGCAUUUCUGAGAUGAUACUGGAUCUUAACGGGACAUUGGGCGCUAACUGGUCGUUCGCGCAGAAGAAGAUCCUUCAGGAAGGAUCUUGCGGUGGCCAGAUGGUUGAUUCUGGGUCGUCGAACUCCUCCGUCCUCAAUGGCGAGGAGUAUAGCAACAUUUCUGAAGAUGACAUGUCUUCCAGUCACCCUGCCUUCCGGUUUGGUAUCCUCAAGGAUGCAGUUGAGUUGGAAGAGGAAGUCGACGAGAUCAGAGUCAUUUCUGAUUCCGACAUCGUUACACAUCAGCUUUUUCCGCAACAUCCGCAGGGUUUUUCAGAGUGGCAUUCGGGGAGAACAGUGACGGCGUCGUCGUUGUCCAGGCAGCCUUUGGAGGACCUUAUAAUCUUCCAGUCUAAUGUGCCGGCCGCAGGGGAGGUUAAGCUCAUCCAACCGCAGCAGCAACAGCUUCAGGUAAAGAAAAGCAGGCGGGGGCCGAGAUCCCGCAGCUCCCUGUAUCGGGGAGUCACGUUCUACCGGAGAACAGGGAGAUGGGAAUCUCACAUCUGGGACUGUGGGAAACAAGUGUAUUUGGGGGGUUUUGACACUGCUCAUGAUGCAGCCAGGGCAUAUGAUCGGGCUGCCAUUAAAUUUCGUGGGCUUGAUGCUGACAUUAAUUUCAGUCUUAGUGAUUACGAGGAGGAUUUGAAGCAGAUGAGAAAUCUGACAAAGGAGGAAUUUGUGCAAAUACUACGUCGCCGAAGCACUGGUUUCUCAAGAGGAAGCUCAAAAUAUAGAGGGGUGACCCUUAACAAGUGCGGUCGGUGGGAAGCUCGCAUGGGACAGUUACUUGGAAAGAAGUACGUGUAUCUUGGGUUAUUCGACAGUGAAGUGAAAGCUGCAAGGGCCUAUGAUAAAGCUGCUAUUAAAUGUAAAGGGAAGGAAGCUGUAACUAAUUUUCAGCAAAGCUCUUAUAAUUAUCUUCUUCCCAAGGAUGAUGGUGAAGAUUUGGGUCAUGGCAUUGACUUGAAUUUGAGUAUCUCUCAGCCUUCUGUCUGCAGUCAAAAUAGAAAUGUUAAUCUGGUGGGCCAACAGUUGUACUAUGGCCCAUUUGAAGCUUCUGAUCAGAUCAAGGAAAUGCCUAUUCCAUUUGUUCAGGCAAAUCUGCUGGCAAUGGCACCUGAUCAUCCUCAAGUCUGGAGUAACAUAUACCCAGGAUUCUUUCCCGUUAAUGAGGAAAGAGCAAUGAACAAGAAGGCUGAGGCAGGGUUAACGGCUCUUACCAGCUGGCCGGCCUGGAAAAUCCAUGGCGUCUCCCCUCUGCCUCCCCAUCCUUGUGCAGCAUCAUCAGGAUUCUCUACCACUAGCACUAACGUUUCCAACAGCUCCGCUCAGCCAUCACAACUUCCAUCAGCCACCACCCCUCAUCUUCUCCAGUCUUGCACUCGGCCUCCAGCCACCAGCCAUCGCUUUUUUGGCUGAGUUCUAGCCCACUGGGUGGACCCAGGUACAUGAUCAUACUCUUGUGCCUUUGUUUAUUCAGACUUUUAAUAGUGUAUUUAUGGUUUGGAAAAAAUUAUCCCGGUGCCUGGUUUGCGUAUGUCAAGGCACCUGUAUCUAAACAUGAGAUUUUAUGCUUGGAAAUUUCUAUUCUUACGUGAUAUGUAUUUAUGAAGAUGCUUUCAUUUUGCGUUAGCUUUUGUAUUUUAUC